AUGCCUGUCCAUGCCGUGUUCGUCAUUUUGACUGCAUUCAACUCUGCUAAAGUACCCACCAUUACCACAACAGCACAAUCAUCGCAGGACUCCGAUCAACCAGCACAAGUCAAAGCGGUACGAGAUGAAGUGAAACGUCCAUCUCUUUACCGCCAAGACUACUCGAUCUGUGUGGACUCGAGCGAGGCACAGUCGGACGACAGCCGUUUAACGCGCGACUCUGUGACUCGUGAGUCGCAGAACGACGAACUAUCCUCAUCCACACACGACAAACUCGACGUCAGCACUCUACCACUACCCGCCCUACCACCGAAGAAGCGACGUACACGCUUACGCGCCAGCCCAUCCCGACAUCACAACAAUAAUCGACGUGGAUGCGAGCAUGACUUGGCUAUCAUUAGUGGGGGCGACGAAACACGACUCAAAACCGUCGCAGUUGGCCAUCUAAGUCCGCAAAUUGUAGCCACAGGCAGUGCUAGUGGUGGUAGUGGAGGCAGUGGUGGCAGCUGUGGUGAAGCAACGCCUCACCUUUCGGCCUUUCAGCGAUACGUGGCAAAACGACGUGAAAGCCUCGAAGCAUCAUCGCGCAGCUUCAACGAAAAACUGGAAGCGCGUAGAAUGCAUUACCACAUGAGUGGUGGUGGUUGCGAUAGCGGUAUUGGCGGCAGUACGGCUGGUGGACCAGUGACCGGUAGUAGCACACAUAUGCCUACCUAUCUUUUUGGCGAACAUUAUUAUGGAAUGCCCACCAAGGUAACGAGCGCUCGCAAGUCGCCACAUUUAAACAAAGAGGAAAUUUUUUUGAAUAAGUCUGGUUGGGUGCAAGUGAACACAAAACGCAAUAGCGAUGAGAAUCGGUGCGCUGGCAGUUACAGAGGUGCAAACUACGCGCAUCAAAAUGGUGGCAGUAUAGAUGGUGAACGUGAUCGAGAUUUGCGACGUACAGUGCGAGUUAUACAGAUAGAUAAUACACGGCGCUCUGAUAGAGCACGCCAUGCACUACAGCAACAGCAUCAAUAUUCACUGGAUCCCGCGUUCGGCAUGGGCAAGUAUCCGGCAAGCAAAGUGGAAGAACUAAUACAACGUAAUCAGACGCGGACAGGUAAUGCUGGCGAUUCGGUGUUUGUAACAUCACGGGACAAUGCUCUGCGACCAGGUUAUCGAAUCGUAGACCCGCAAUUGGCGAGCAUACUGAACGAGCGCCCUGGUUUCCUGCCUGUGCGGAAUUUGCAUGACGCCGACUCCCCGCCUCCCAUUACGCCCAUACUGUCCCCGCCACCCGCCUUCCAAGACAGCAGCAAGUCCAAAUAUAUCGAGCGACGUAAAAACAUACCCAGUAGACAAAACCAAACAGCGCUAACCGUGAAUAAUCUGCAUGCAGCGAACAGCAAUAGCAGCGCCGUAAAAGGAAUGGUAUUCUCCCGUAGCUUUGAGUAUGAUACACGUCGCAAUGUGCCAGCCGACAGUUAUGUUGAAACGUUUUCGCGCAGUUUUGAUGGCAACCUCUCUGAACGACCAACGCUGCAGCGGGAACGCGAGCGUUCGCCUAACUUCAGCUCACUUACUGGUAAUUCCCCUAACUAUCUGACAAAGAAAGAUUCUGGUGGUGGCAGCAGCGGUAGUUUACGAAGUCGUGAUAAUUCACCUAAAUACCAGCAUCCCCAGACCACUGCCUAUCUGAAUGCUUCCAUAAAAGAAGCGCCACCCGCGUAUAGUUUGGCCAGCGCGAAUCCAAAUACAAGUGCAGGCAGUCGCUUUUCGCCACGAAUCCGACACGAACGUUCCUUUGAGCGCUCAAAGAGUCAUAAUGUAUUGGUACGUUCAAGGAAGUCACAAUUCAAUCGAGUGGCUAGCGGUGGUGCCAUAGUGGGUGCAGCUGUUAGCAGCCAACAGCCGAUGGUUAGCGUUGGUAUGUCGCGUUUUCGCAGUUUCGAUACGGCGACGAGUCAGCGACUGAAUUCAUGCGACAGUGGAGCAAGAUCAGAUCUUUCGAACGAUGAGUUAGAUUGCGAUGAAGACGAAGGCUCCAGCGAAUUUCUUACCGCCAAUUAUCACCACAGCAUAUCACCUUUAAAAACGCAACGUCAGCGAUCACUAACACCUGAUCGUAACGAAUCGCAUAGCUCGUCAAGCAGCAUACGGAAGCAACGUUCUCUAACACCCGAAUCACGAUCGCUUACGCCGGAGGACCGUAGACGAAAGGCCGGUUCACAGGCAUCACUCAUGGGAUCGCGACAGAAUUCAAGUUCACGCAGUAAUACGCUCGAACGCAAGCAGCGACUAACUGAUGUGCAAUCAAUUGCGAAUAUCUCACGUAGCUCCUCGAGCUCAAGCUACAGUGGUGGUGGUGCUGGCGAGCACGAUGUAGGAAAUGGAGCGGCAGCUAAUGCCGCAGCUUUGCCAACUACUGCUGUAGUGGGUGUUGUUAGUGUUGUUGGUGGAGCCGCAGGAAGUGGGGUCGUAACGGCAAUGUCAGGCAGUGGUGGACGCUCACAACAUCGACGGUCCCUUGGUCGAAAUGCCAAACAAGUGGACGAGCAUCGUAUACGGAGAUCGAGAUCUUUACAGCUAAGCGAACGUUCACCAAACCGCGCACACAAGGUUAUUGUGUCUAUGGGUCAAACGCAAGGUGCCGGCGUCUCCUAUCAUACAACAAAUGUUCAGCCAAUUUACCAGCAAACCGGUGUGCGCAUCAACAACGGCAGCAAUGUACAAACGCGCCCACCUAUACGCAUCAGCAGUAAGUCCCAGUCGGUGCUUUUGCCCAGCAAUAACUCGAGUGCCGGACGCACACGCAAUAAUGAUAUCGACAAAAGCCGCUCUUUCGACUUCGACUACUGCAAUUACAAUAGUCAAGUCGGGCUGAAGGGGCAUAGUCACGUGGGUGGCAGUGGUGGCAACGGCAGUGCCAACAAUCAGAAUGCACCUUUGCGCUUGGACUUUGACAAGAGUCGUUCGUUUGACGAUGACUACAGGGAGCCACUAAAUGGGGUCAGCAAUAAUUUGGCGGCAGUAAAUGGCAUGCGAUAUCUGCACGCGAUCGCCGAUGGCUGCGGCAGUGGCAGCAACAGCAACAAAACCAGUCGGCUACGACGUUCAUCACCUGUCGGCACAGGAAGCGGUGAACGCAAUUCACGUUCGCCACAAUCAUCCGGCUCAUCGUGCAAUAAUCUCAAUUUACCGCGACAAUCAACAAGUCCCCAAAAUUACGGUACACGACUUUGCGAUCACGAACUAACCUACGAUAUGUUGCGCAAAUCACUCGAUCGUUCGCCGAUUAUGGACUUUCGCCGUGGCGACAGUGGUGAGUACGAUUUGCCACCAACGUUGUUGCGCACCCGUGAGACAAUCAACAGUGGCGGCAACAGUGAGCUGAAUUUUUUCAAUAAUGACCCGACACACAUUUACGAGCAACCGACGAUAAAGGGUACAACGAGUACAACAACCGGCUCCUUAAAACAGCAACGCUCGUUGGGACAUACACAUAGCCCGAGCGAUUCACAAUACUCAUUGGAACGACAGCACGGUAACGCUUCGGGGCGUGAGAGCAUGACACCCGAAGCUGCAGGUGGUGAAUAUCGCGGCGAGCACGGCUACCGGCAUCCGCCCACGCGUGAAUCAUCGCGCGAAGGAGCACGUGGCAGCGGCAGCAGUCGCAACAGGUAUUGAAGGUUUG